CAGAGACACGAGGUGACCCAAACAUCUCGAUAGCACGAGCCAUGGACGCUGUGGGUCCACCUCUACGGUCUCUGCCUCAGUCCACCGCGCUCCUCGGCCAACGGCGACAAUGGCACAGCAACGCGCACAGCGGUCGUUGCACCGCGCUCGACCCGCGCAUCUGCCUGGUGGCCGUGGCCGGGUGUGCGGCAGUGUGCCGCGCGCCGCAGCAUUCUGCGCGGCGCGCGGUGUCAGCGCUGGUGGUGGGUGGCACAGGCCGUGUGGGUGGCUCCACCGCGCGGUGGCUCCAGCGACUGGCGGAGGAGACGAAGCUCGAGCUAGAGGUGGCCGUGGGCGGCCGAAACAAGGAGACUUGGCACAGGCUCAGGGAUCGGUGCCCGGAGGCGGCCCAGUGGAGCUUCGUGGAGGUGGACCACCGGGACCGAAAGUCGGUGAAGGAAGCAAUGGCACUGCAACAGUGGGAUGUGGUCGUCCAUACUGCAGGGCCCUUCCAGGGCGUGACAGAGCCAAACAUUCUGAAGGAAGCACUGGAACUGGGCGUGCCAUACGUGGAUGUGUGCGAUGACACGGAGCUCUGUAAAACGGCGAAGAGCUUGGCGAAGUCUUCGGUGCCUGCCAUCGUGUCGGCAGGCAUUUGGCCUGGUGUCUCCGCCCUGAUGGUGCGUGAGGCUUACGAACGCUUGGGAAGCAUUGAGGACUUGGAGAUGUCCUUCUACACUGCUGGCACUGGAGGUGCAGGGCCCACCAUUGUGUCUGCCACCUUCCUGCUCUUGGCGGAGCCACCUUUGAACUACCAGGCUGGCCAGGAGGUCCGGGCCGAGCCCUGGGGCCAGCGGCGCCUGGUGGACUUUGGCCCAGGGGUAGGGCAGCAGCCAGUGCAUCUGUUGGAUGAACCUGAGGUGUACACCUGCCAUGAGUACUUGGGUAUCCCCAACAUCUCUUCGAGCUUUGGCACGGCUCCAGACAUCUGGAACUGGAUGUUCGCGGCCGCACGGGUGUUGCCAAGAUCUGUGUUGGCGAAUCGUGGGCUAAUGCAGCAGGUCUCGACCUUCUCAAUGCCCAUCAUCACGGCAGUGGAUCAGUUCGUGGGCUCCAUCAACGCCAUGCACAUCAAAGCCACCGGUCCCGCCGACGCCUCCGGGCGAAGAAGCGUCGCCACGCUGCGGGUGGCGCACCAGGACUUGGAGGAUUGUGUCGGUCUGGCCACUGCUGCCUUUGCCUUCGAGCUCUUGGAGAAGCGGGUUAAGCCUGGUGUCUGGUUCCCGGUCGAGAUGGACGCUGCAAGCCGCAGCAGUAUCUUUCGGAGGGUCCAGCAUGGUAGCAUCCUCUGGGACCUUUGAGGC